UACCCAAUCAAAACGCGCGGCUGCGAGGGACCGGCGUGGGACCACGCCCAGCUCCAGGUGACUCCUUGGCAGGGAGGGGAGAGUGCCUCUGUCAGCUGAUAGGAUCCCCACUGGGUCCGUUCCUCGGGGCGAUUUACCCGGGACCAACCUACGGGAGCGCGCGGGCAGUGACCCGCCGCGGAAUUGUGUGCUGUAGUGGAGAACGAGAGUGAUGGAGGAGCAUCUAGAGGCUGGGAAGGAGAGCAAGCCCUCCUCCAUGUCCACGGACCUGCAGGGAGACAGCUCCUUACAGGUGGAGAUCUCUGAUGCCGUCAGCGAGCGAGACAAGGUGAAAUUCACUGUUCAAACCAAGAGCUGCGUCCCUCACUUCGCCCGGACCGAGUUCUCAGUUGUGCGACAUCAUGAAGAGUUCAUCUGGCUACAUAAUGCCUACGUGGAAAACGAGGAGUACGCCGGUCUCAUUAUCCCCCCAGCCCCUCCAAGGCCAGACUUUGAGGCUUCAAGGGAAAAACUGCAGAAGUUGGGUGAGGGAGACAGCUCUAUCACACGGGAAGAGUUUGCCAAAAUGAAGGAGGAGCUGGAAGCGGAGUAUCUGGCCAUCUUUAAGAAGACAGUUGCAAUGCAUGAAGUCUUUCUGCAGCGCCUGGCGGCCCACCCCACCCUGCGUCGAGACCACAACUUCUUUGUCUUUUUGGAAUAUGGCCAGGAUCUGAGUGUCCGAGGAAAGAACAGGAAGGAGCUCCUUGGGGGGUUUCUGAGGAAUAUUGUGAAGUCUGCAGAUGAAGCCCUCAUCACUGGCAUGUCAGGGCUCAAGGAGGUGGAUGACUUCUUCGAGCACGAGAGGACCUUCCUGCUGGAGUACCACACCCGCAUCCGGGAUGCCUGCCUUCGGGCAGACCGAGUCAUGCACUCUCACAAGUGCCUGGCAGAUGAUUAUAUCCCUAUCUCAGCUGCACUGAGCAGUCUGGGAACACAGGAAGUCAACCAGCUAAAGACGAGCUUCCUCAAAUUGGCAGAGCUCUUUGAACGAUUAAGGAAACUGGAGGGCCGAGUGGCUUCUGACGAGGACCUGAAGCUGUCGGACAUGCUGAGGUACUACGUGCGCGACUCCCAGGCAGCCAAGGACCUGCUGUACCGGCGGCUGCGGGCGCUGGCAGACUACGAGAACGCCAACAAGGCACUGGACAAGGCGCGCACCAGGAACCGGGAGGUGCGGACCGCCGAGAGCCACCAGCAGCUGUGCUGCCAGCGCUUUGAACGCCUCUCCGACUCAGCCAAGCAGGGUAAGCCCCACGGCCCUGGAGCCCCUGCCACUGCACUGCUGACUCUGCCGGGGUCCCCAUUCCUCUCUUCUCCAGAGCUCAUGGACUUCAGAUCCCGCCGCGUCUCCUCCUUCCGCAAGAACCUCAUCGAGCUGGCAGAGCUGGAGCUCAAACACGCUAAGGAGCUGCUCACCAUGCCCCGUGACUUCUUGGGGCAAGGCCUACCCCUACCCCAAGGUGCCAGGCCCUGCAAGAUAGGGCAGCAUGGGCACCACACUUGGCCACAGUAAGGUGGAGCCCAAGACACCUGGGUCUGAAGUCCUGGACUCCACCUGGCUGACCCCGCCCCGGACCCCAGCCACAUCUGCAGAAGACCAAAGACUCAACCUGGCUUCUGACUCACAGUAGCCACUGGACCCAGCCCUCAUAAAUGAGUCAGCCAUCCAGGGAAGAGGGCAGAGCAAAGACCAAAUACUGAAGAUGGAGAAAAAGCUCAAGAAGCAACCAGUGACUUGCAGUCUCGGGGGCCACAUCUGGGCAAGACUGCAAGGGACUGAGAAUGGGCCUCACUGUCCUGCUGCCCACCUGGGUCAAGGCAACAGAAGAAGCCAGUUCAGGGAUUAAGCCCCUCUGUUCAAAGGAACCCCUGCAGCCAGUAGCAGACACACCCUGGCUCAGCUACCUUCCAAAUAGCCAGGCUGGUGCUAACUAUGACACCAGGAUAUAGAGAG